UCAAGAUGAGGGAGAUCAAGCUAUGUCAAUUUAUCGCACUGCUGCUCGUUUGUUUCCAGGGUGUCAUUUACCAACUUUGUACAUUGGAAAGGAGUACAUGCGAACCCACAGCUACAAACUUGCUGAGCAGUACAGUGACUAAGAAGAAGUUGAGGCUGAGAAUUUGGAACCUGCUAAGUACAUUAUGUAUUCAAAUGGUCUUUGAUUUGGUCGACCCACAAAUAGAAGUCCUGAAACACUGCCAAGUGUUAAAUAAGGUACUCGAUAAGAAUGGGGCUGCUCCAGCUAGAAGUGUUUUGGCGUGGAUUCUAAUAAAAAUUUGAAAGUAUGCUUAGUAGCAGCUGUGGUUGAUAAUCUGGCCAUUUUUUUUACUUCUAAUGAAGGUGUUGCAGUGUUGGCAUGGCUCAUCUUUGUUUUUAAACAAUCUUUGGCUGGUCUUAGAAUUGUGAUUGUUGGUUGGUUAUAGAUGAUGGGUUUCAUAAUAUUUUUCAAUUUAUGAUAUUUGGUGGGUUAUACUA